AUGACGAAAGACUCCGGGCAGGGAAGGCAGACAAGCUGCCACUGGAAAUCCAGCGAGAUCGAGUUUCGCGAUCUCUGCAGGGCGCUGUCUCCUCUGCUACAGGAAUCGCUUCCGGACUAUCGCGAUUAUGCUAUCGAGUUUCGCAAUCUCUGCAAGGUACUAUCCCCUCUAUUACUGGAACUAUCAGCACCGGACGAUCCUGUCGAAAGGGUAAAGGACAAUUCCCCAUCCCGGCUAGAAUGGAUCCGCCUAAAGCGUACCGAAGGCGCUCAGAGCAAGUAUCUGGACAAACUUAUGCAGAUGGUGGGACUGGAAGAUGCCAAGGCAUUUUUUCUUCGGAUGCGGGCUAUAGUGCAGAUAGCGAAGAGGCAGAAAAAGGAGCUGUCGAGGGACGACCUGGCUAUAGCCAUCGUGGGUAACCCCGGAAUAGGAAGAUCAAUAGUGGAACGCUUGUACCACAGAUUUCUGUCAGAACUGCGCGCGCCUGGCUACGCCUCUUGCUAUACCAGGGACCAGACCCACGAUCUCAAGAUCACACUAAAUCUACCGGACUACUCUGAUGAUGAGCUGCAGCGGAUCAUGGUAAGGAUAAUCGCCGGCACGCAGUGGAAGGUUGAGGGAGGGCCAAAUGGGAAAUAUAUGUGGAUGAUGGUGCGUCUUGUGGGCAGUGCGCGCGGGCCAGGAUUUCGCAAUAUCUGCGCCUUGAAGGAAGCGUGGAAUAGAGCACUGGAUCGCCAGACAGAGCGCAUCCGCCAGGAACAGAGCGAGGGGAGACACCCGGACUGUCUGUUGCUCACCAGAGAGGAUCUCAUCGGCCCCGAUCCGGCCAAAGCCCAUCGCGAAAGCCCUGCAUGGACUAAGCUCCAGGCUAUGAUCGGGAUGGAGGCCGUCAAGUCAUCCGUCCAGCUCCUGUUCGAUCGUGCAACCUGGAACUACCACCGCCUGCAGCAGGGUUCUGUGCCGCUGCAGUCCAGCCUGAACCGCGUGUUCCUGGGGCCGCCCGGCACAGGAAAGACCACAGUUGCCACGCUCUAUGGGCAAAUCCUGGCCGAUCUCGGGCUGUUAUCAAGCGCAGAGGUUGUUGUCAAGAACCCGUCAGAUUUUAUUGCUGGCUAUAUCGGACAUUCCGAGCACAGAACUAAGAAAAUCCUGAAGGAGACAAAGGGUAAGGUAUUAAUAAUCGAUGAUGCCUACAUGUUAUAUUCCGGGGCGAGGGCUGGCGCACAUAUUCAGCCGGACGACUUCCGAGUUGCAGUGAUCGACACUUUGGUCGCCGAGCUUGAUAACACCCCUGGGAACGACCGGUGUGUGAUUCUUCUGGGUUACGAGGAAGAGAUGCAGGAAAUGUUCCGGAAGAGCAAUCCCGGGCUAGCUCGACGGUUUGCCCUGGCCGAUGCGUUUCAUUUCACAAACUACACCGUGGAGCAACUCGGCCAGAUUCUAGACCUGAAGUUGAACAACCAAGGCUUACAGGUGACGGACGAGGCCCGGAAAGUUGCGAUGCAGAUGCUAGAAAAAGCGUCCGAGCGACCGAACUUUGGGAAUGGCGGAGACGUUGAGAAUCUCCUCAGCCACGCCACGGAGGCGUACGGGAAGCGUGCAAUCACGCCAAUGCUAGAGAGCCCGAUAGAUGUUGUGCUCGAGCCAGAGGACUUUGACCUGCAUCACCGUCGGCAUCUGCAGGCCGCAGCCAAGUGUGAAUCCCGUUUUCAGGACCUGGUCGGGGUGGAGGAGAUCAUCGUCCAGAUGCAAGAAUACCAGAAGGCGGUCGCUAGCAUGCGGCGGAGAGGCGUCAAUCCCCGUCCGUAUAUCCCGUUUACCUUUGUCUUCCGGGGCCCGCCAGGCACCGGCAAGACAUCCACGGCGCGCAAGGUGGGCCAGAUCUUUUAUGAUAUGGGCUUUCUGUCGGCAGCGGAGGUGAUUGAGUGCUCGGUUAGCGACCUGAUCGCGUCGUACCAGGGGCAGACAGGAAAGCAGGUGGUUGACCUCUUGGAACAGGCGCUGGGGAAGGUUCUGUUCAUCGACGAGGCAUAUCGGCUGGCGGCCGGUGAACACGAGAAGCAAGCGGUUGACGAGCUGGUGGAUGGGCUUACCAAGACGCGGUAUGCCCAGAAACUUAUCGUGGUGCUCGCAGGGUACAACCGCGAGAUGGUGGAGCUGAUGCAGGUGAACCGGGGGCUGCGCAGCCGGUUUCCCACCGACGUUGUCUUCCAACCUCUGUCAGCGGGUGAUUGUUGGCGACUACUGCAGAGGGAACUGGCGUCCGUGGAUAUCCAGAUUAUAGAAGAAAGUGGCGGCGUUGCCAAAGUAACGGGUGCCUUCUCCAGACUAAGAAAGAUGGAGUGCUGGGCCAACGCGCGCGAUGUCAAGCGACUGGCCGGAUUCUUGGUUCGGCAGAUUUUCAGCAGGGUGGAGGAUGGCAAAGACCCUCAUAUCACCAUUGAGGAAAUAUACCAGCAACUGGAGCUGGAGGAAAGCAAGAAGAGGGUUGAGAAGACCGAAGCCGUUGCAGCCGCAGUGCCACGCGAGGAUGCAGAGUGGCCCAAGGUCAUGAGCAAACUGGUGUCCCGGUUUCACCGGGAUUAUAAACAAACCGAAAAGAUAUCGGCGUUGGAGGCCGCCGUCAUGCAUGCUCAGGAAAUUGACUGCCACGCCUUCUGA